CGCCCGCCGAGCGGAUUGGCUCAGCUCCUUGCCCCCGCCCCGCCACCAGCCCUCUCUCAUUGGUCGUCGCCGGAAGGGGGCGUGUCCCCGGAAGUGCGCGGGUACUGGGACCUUUCCGGCGCCGCCGGCAGCAGCGGGAGCGGCACCGGGAGCAAGAGCCGGAGCAUCAACAGCGGCAGCAUGGCCGCCGUCCCGCCCGACUCCUGGCAGCCGCCCACCGUCUCCAUGGAGACCACGAUGGGCCCGCUGGUGCUGGAGCUGUACUGGAAACACGCCCCCCGCACCUGCAAGAACUUCGCCGAGCUCUGCCGCCGCGGCUACUACAACGGCACCAAGUUCCACCGUGUCAUCAAGGACUUCAUGGUGCAGGGGGGGGACCCCACUGGCACUGGCCGUGGCGGUGCCUCCAUCUACGGGAAACAGUUUGAGGACGAGCUGCACCCCGAGCUGAAGUUCACUGGCGCCGGCAUCUUGGCCAUGGCCAACGCUGGGCCGGACACCAAUGGGAGCCAGUUCUUCCUGACGCUGGCCCCGGCGCAGUGGCUGGACGGGAAGCACAGCAUCUUCGGGAGGGUGUCCCAGGGCAUGGCCGUGCUGGGCAGACUGGCCAUGGUGGAGACCAACGCCCAGGACCGGCCCCUGGACGACGUCAAGGUCAUCAAGGCUUUUCCUUCAGGAUAGCGGGGGGGAAUCUCAGGGUUCCCCCCCUCCAGUUUGUAGUAUUUGGUUGUAAUAAAGGUGGGAAGUGGUGGUCA